AUGCCAUCUGCACCGAACAAUUCCUGGGGCAACCCGCUCUCGUUAAGGGUCAUCGGCCACAAUGCGGGCACGUCCAUGGACGGCGUUGACCUUGUUCACGUACACUUCACCCAGGAUUCCCCGACAUCGCCUCUUAACAUGCAACUCCUACGCUACUGGGAAUACCCAAUGCCGCAGAAGGCCAAGCGAAGAGUCAUGCGGCUCAUCAAGGAGAACAAGACGACCCCCGAGGAGAUGGCUAUUGUCAACAUACAGCUCGGCGAAGUGAUUGCGGAUGCUAUCAACGCGUUCGGGGAAAACCAAGGUUUCGAUGUUCAGAAGGAAGUCGACAUCAUUGCCGGCCAAGGCCAGACCAUCUGGCAUCUGCCUCUCCCGGAACUCUUCGAAGGCGAUCAAACACGAGCUCAUCUGGACAUGGCCGAGAUUGCUGUAAUCGCUGCCAACACUGGUGUGACGUCCUUAGGCGACUUUCGCGUGUCUGAUAUGGCUCUUGGUCGUCAGGGCUGCCCGCUCUUCGCUGCUCUCGACUCUCUUCUCUUGAACCACCCUACCCUCAAUCGAGCCGUCCAGAACAUCGGAGGAAUUGCCAACUUCUCAAUCCUGCCAAAGGGCAAUGUGGAAGGCUGUUACGACUUCGACACCGGCCCAGGCAACGUCUUCAUUGACGCUGCGGUGCGGUAUUUUACCAACGGCGAGCAAGAGUACGACAAGGACGGUACCAUGGGCGCCAAAGGCAAGGUUGACCAAGCUAUUGUAGACGAGGUCCUUGCUGGCCCAUACUUUGUCCACGACAUUCCUAAGACCACAGGCCGGGAGACUUUCGGAGAUCGUAUGGCGGAAGAUAUCUGCGAUAAGAUGUUGGCAGCUGGCGCAACUCCGGAAGAUUGCGUAGCAACCAUCACUCGCAUCACUGCGCAGUCGCUCGCCGACGCGUACGAGCGCUGGGGACCCAAAGACGGCGUUCACGAGAUCUACAUGGGCGGUGGUGGUUCCUACAACCCGAACAUCCGAAACUACCUCAAGCAACGCAUGCCCAAGACUCGGAUUACCUAUGUCGACGAGAUCGGUAUCCCUGUUGGUGCUAAAGAAGCCUUAGGAUUCGCACUGCUGGGCUGCGAAUGCUUCGUCGGGAGGCCAAUGAUUGUUCCCCGCAAGACCGAAUGCGACAACCCUGGUGUAGUUGGGCAGAUCCAGCCAGGCAGGAAUAUGCAUCGCAUCAGACAACACGUUGCAGGAUUCUGGGGGGAGUUUCCCGAGGAAGAUAUCCGAUGCACGACGAAGAUGAACCUCUUGCCAAGCCUCUGCCAAUAA